UUGAAGGCUGUGCUCACUACAGCACAGUUGGGCAGAAAGGAAGCCCUGCAAAAGGUAGCAUGCAAAGCAGGAGGGAGAGCACAUAGGAGUAAUUUGCUGACAGACAAGCAAAGAUGGAUCUGAUUUCAGCUUUCUCCCCGGAAACCUGGGUCCUCCUGGCAAUUAGUCUCAUGCUCCUCUACUGGUUUGGGACUCGUACACAUGGUGUUUUUAAGAAACAGGGAAUUCCUGGGCCCACACCUCUGCCCUUUUUAGGAACUGUACUGAAUUACUACAAGGGUAUUUGGAAAUAUGAUGCAGAAUGCUAUAAAAAGUAUGGAAAAAUAUGGGGCCCUCUCCUUCAUCUCCUCAGAAUCCAGCUCUCAGAUUAGAAUCAAAUAAAUACCAAAUGGCUGGCAACAUGGAGACACAUCUUCAACACCAGCAUUUUGUAGGCAAAGGCACACAGAUAUCCAUGAGUUUAUUCCACACUGUUAUACUUUUGGGGUUCAGACCAAUAAAGGAAACAGAAAUUUUAUUACAGACAAAUAGUAAAACAUGAAUUUUAGACAUAGGUUAAAAAUAAUGGUUUCAGUUCAGAGAGACUUUAGUACAAAUAAAUGAGGAACCAUCAUACUCUCAUCAUAUUCUACCUGAAUAAUAGAUUUAGAAUGGUGUGGUACUGGUUUUGUCAUUGUAUUUAAUUUAUUAACAUAGGUUAAUUGUAAUUUUAACUAAAUUUUAAAUGACUUCUUUCUUGAAUGGGUUUUGUGCCUGAUGUCAAGACAGGAGUUCUUAUCUGGUCUUAACAAAAUGAUGUAGCACUUGGGGACAAAGAUCAAACCAAGGAGAGCUUCACUGGAAGCCAAGACAGAGAAGGCUUCCAUAGCCACCAUGACCUUCCCCUUUGUGCUGUGGUAGACAGGGAGGAAGGUGACCCACACACAGAAGAACACCUGCAUGCUGAAUGACAGGAACUUGGCUUCAUUGAAUGUGUCAGGCAAAUUUCUGGACAAGAAGGCCAUGGUGUAGCUCCCAAGUGUCAAGGUGCAGAGGUAUCCCAGGAUACAGUGGAAGGCUACUACUGAUCCUUUGUUGCACACAAUGGUGAUGUGGCCAUGUUCAGCAUGAGCAUCAUGAUCAAUGAAGGGUGGAGAGAUAACCAGCCAUAUUCCACAGAGAACAAAUUGGAUCAAUGUGCAGAUGGGAAUGAUGAAGUUAGGGGCCCUUGAUACCAUUAACCACCUCACCAAUCCUGCUGAAACAGUGACCUUGAAAGCAAUAAACACUGUGAUAGCUUUGGCCAAUACUGUGGAGAAAGCCACAGUGAACAAGAUUCCAAAUGCUGUCUGCUGCAUGAUGCAGGUGACUGUGUUGGGCUGGCCAAUGAAGAGCAAGGAACUGAGGAAACAGAUGCUGAAUGCCAAUAGCAGGGUGUAGCUGAGAGCUCUAUUAUUGGCCUUGACAAUGGGUGUGUCUCUAUGCUUCAAAAAGACUACAAGAAUCAAAACUGUGAUUGCAGAGAAGCACAGUGAUGUGGUGGUGAGAGCCAUCCCCAAAGGAUCUUCAUAGGAUAAAAAGCUCACAGAUUUCUGGAGGCAGUGGUUCUUCUCUGAGUUUGCAUAGUGACUUUCUGGACACAUCACACAUUGGUCCAUAUCUGUUCAGAAAUUAUGAACAGGAUUAUGACUCAAUCCUCAGGUGUUCCCUUUCCCCCAAGUUGUUACUCAGCCUUACUUCAUUAAAAUGUUUCCUGAUUCA